AUGAAGUACAUACCGAGCUCCAUUGAAAUUUCAGAAAUGGAAGCAGAGAGGAAUGAGAAGGAGGAAAUGCAGAACAAGGCAACAGUGGAAGCACUCUACAAGGCCCUGCUGGGGCAAGGCCAAAUGGACACAGUGGCAAACAUGCUAGCAAGUGACCUUGAAUGGUGGUUCCAUGGUCCUCCACAGUGCCAACAUAUGAUGAGGGUGCUCACGGGGGAAACUGCCCUCAGCAGCGGCUUCCGGUUCGAACCGAGGAGCGUCGCCGCCAUCGGGGACUGUGUGAUCGCCGAAGGGUGGGAGGGAAAGGCCUACUGGGUGCAUGUUUGGACUGUGAACAAUGGCCUCAUCACACAGUUCAGAGAGUACUUCAACACAUGGCUUGUGGUCAGGGACUUGAGGUCACAAACGUGGAAAAAUAGGCUUGAGAACAUGACAUUGUGGCAAAGUCAGCCCCGUGAUCUUUAUCGCCGAUCCCUGCCGGGACUGGUCUUAGCCAUUUAG